UCAGCCUUCCCUUUCUCAGUGUGCUCCCAGGAAUACCUGGACUCCAGCAUGGCAGAAGUCAAGAUGGAGGUGGCCAGCGUGGACUGGCAGAAACGCUGCCUUUCCCUGGAGACCCAGCUCUUCCGAUUCCGCCUGCAGGCCAGCAAGAUAAGGGAGCUGCUGGCUGACAAGAUGCAGGAACUGGAGCAGAGGCUGCUGGAGGCUGAGCAGAGAGCUGAGGAUGCAGAGACUCAGGUGAGCGUGAUGGAAGAGAAGAUCAAGCUGUCCAAUCUGAAGAAUGUGGACGCCUCGGGUAGCUUGCACCAAAAGUACCAAGAAUUGCUGAAAGCCAUGCAAAGCAAAGAUGAGCUGAUCAGUCAGCUGGAGGCACAGCUGGAGAAGCAGAAGCAGACAAGAGCUGAAGAGGCCAAAAUUGUUCAAGAGAAAGCUGCAAAGAUCAAGGAAUGGGUGACAGUAAAGUUAGCAGAGCUUGAAACAGAGAAUGAGCACCUGAAGGCCCAUAACCAGCAGCUCGUGGAGCAGGUGGAAGCCCUUCGGGAUGCUCUUGAGGAUCUUCGGAUGACACCUUCAGAGAAGCUGCUAGUGGUCCCUGAGGGAACCCCAGAGGGGAAUCCUGUCCCUUCAGAGCCCAGAGCCCAACCUGUGGAGCAGGACAGUAAUCCCCAUACUCAAACUUUGAAGGUGGUUGUGCCUGCACCUUCUCUGAGUGCCCUGCAGAACAAGGACUCGGCGUCAGAAGCCAAAAGUCUUGAGGAUUCGAACUUCAGCACGGUCUACCCUGGGGAGAUAGCAGAGGCCAAGACCCUUAAAUCUCAUCUCCAAAGAGAGGGCUCACCCAGCCAGUUGUUCGUGAAGCCUGGCAACCCCAAACAUGGGUCAGUUUCUUACAGGGAUGACCUGCUUAUUACUCAGGGAGGGACAUUCCCUGGGACUAAGAUCUCUACCAGGGAAGGUGGCCCUGGUAGUAGCUUGACCCUGCCAAAGGUGCGGGCUCCCAGCAAUUCCCGGGACAGCUUCCAAGUGACCAAAAGGCACCACAGUCAACCCCAGGUGGGUCCUGGGCAUUGUAACCACAUGGUAAGCAUUAAGAUUGGGGCUCUGUCAGCCCUCCCCUCAUCUGGCUUCUCCAAGUCUGAAGCCAGAGCUAAAGCCCGGGAAGAAGCAGAGAAGAUGGAGAUGGAGGAGCCACUUCCAGCUGGAAAACAGGAAGGAAGAGAGAGCCCAAAGUCCCCCGGAGCUGAACUGGAGGAAGGGGAACUGGAGAACAAGCCACCUACACCCCCCCUGCACCGGUUUCCAUCUUGGGAGAGCCGGAUCUAUGCGAUGGCCACAUCAGGCAUGCAGCUGUCAUCAGACGCAUCGUCCCGCAGUGACGCUGCCUGCUGUGCUUCAGGCCCUCCUGCCCUUGCGUUCCCUGGAGCUUUCUCUGGCCUCAUCUACAAGAAUGUCACUGUGCCUGUCUACACAGCGCUGAAGGGGAAAGCCACACAGAUCAGCAGUGUGCCUUUUGUGGAUGAGUCCUCUGGGUCUGAUGACGACUGCGGCUCUCAGGCGAGUUUCCGGAUGUCAUUCCCCUGCUCUGAGUACAGGAAGACCAGCGGACUGGGCAGCCCCCGGGCCAUCAAGAGAGGAGUCUCCAUGUCCUCAUUGAGUUCUGAGGGUGACUAUGCCAUCCCUCCUGAUGCCUGCUCACUGGAUAGUGACUACUCAGAGCCUGAACACAAACUCCAGCGAACGUCAUCGUACUCCACUGAUGGGGAGGCACUGGAGAAGUCAGGCUACCUGCUGAAAAUGGGGAGCCGGGUGAAGACAUGGAAGAGGCGCUGGUUUGUCCUGAGACAGGGACAAAUCCUGUACUACAAGUCUCCGAAUGAUGUCAUCCGGAAACCUCAAGGUCAAGUGGAUCUGAACUCCCAUUGCCAAAUUGUUCGAGGGGAAGGAGCACAGACAUUUCAGCUCAUCUCCGAGAACAAAACCUACUACCUAACAGCAGAGUCCCCCAGCCUCCUGGAAGAAUGGAUCCGUGUCCUACAGAGCCUGCUGAAGGUGCAGGUCACUGGGCCUCCAGCUCUGCGUCCAGGGGGCACCAAGCCUACUGUGAAGGGCUGGCUGACCAAGGUAAAGCAUGGCCACUCUAAGCUGGUCUGGUGUGCCCUUGUUGGGAAAACCUUCUACUACUACCGGAGCCACGAGGACAAGAGACCCCUGGGCUGCCUACCUGUGCAGGAUGCUCACAUAGAGGAAGUAGAUCGAUCCUGUGACUCAGAUGAAGACUAUGAGGCUGGAGGAACCAGACGGCUGCUUUCCUCCCACUACACCUUGGUGAUCCACCCCGCAGAGCACAGCCCCACCUACCUCCUCAUCGGCACCAAGCAUGAAAAGGAUACAUGGCUUUACCACCUCACAGUGGCUGCAGGUGGCAGCAGUGCCAAGGUGGGCACUGUCUAUGAGCAGCUCAUUGGGAAACUGAUGGAUGGUGAGGGAGACCCAGACUCCCCGCUCUGGAGGCACCCCAUGCUGUGUUACAGCCGAGAUGGGCUAUGUACCUCCCUUACCACCCUGCCCUCCGAGGCCCUGCAGACGGAGGCUCUCAAGCUCUUCAAGUCCUGCCAGCUCUUCAUCAACGUGCCUGUGGAGGCUGCCUCGGUGGACUACCAUGUGUCCCUGGCGCAGACAGCACUGCAGGUCUGCCUUGUUCACCCUGAGCUACAGAGUGAGAUCUACUGCCAGCUCAUGAAGCAGACCAGCUGCCGCCCGCCCCAGAAGUACUCUCUUAUGCAGUGCUGGCAGCUCUUGGCUCUUUGUGCCCCACUUUUCCUGCCUCAGCAUCACUUCCUCUGGUAUGUCAAACAGCAGCUUCAACGCCAUGCAGAUCCCAGAAGUGAAACUGGCCAGUAUGCCACCUACUGCCAGCGAGCAGUGGAGCGGACCCUGCAGACGGGAGAACGGGAGGCCAGGCCGUCACGGAUGGAAGUAGUGUCCAUCUUGCUACGGAACCCCUUCCACCACUCUUUGCCCUUCAGCAUCCCUGUGCACUUUGCCAAUGGGACCUAUCAGGUGGUUGGCUUUGACGGCUCCUCCACAGUUGAUGAGUUCCUCCAGCGGCUGAACCAGGAGACAGGCAUGAGGAAGCCAUCCCAGUCUGGUUUCUCCCUCUUCACAGACGAUCCUUCUGGCAGAGACCUGGAGCACUGUCUUCAUGGGCGUGUCAAGAUCUGUGAUGCCAUCUCCAGGUGGGAGCAAACACUGAAGGAGCUGCACCCAGGAAAGUCUGAGGGUGGGACACGCGUCGUGAAGCUGAUGUAUAAGAACAGGCUAUACUUUCGAAGUCAAGUCAAAGGGGAGACGGAGCGAGAACGGCUGCUACUUGCCUUCCAAACCAGUGGAGAAAUUGUGGCAGGAAGAUUUCCUGUCACCAAGGAGCUGGCUCUUGAAAUGGCUGCCUUGAUGGCCCAGGUGGAAUACGGGGACUUGGAGAAGCCUAUCCUGCCAGGUCCUGGAGGUACACCUCCUGCCAAAGCUCAGCAUCUCCUCCAGCAGGUCCUCGACAGGUUCUACCCAAAGCGCUAUCGAAUUGGAGCCCCCACUGAGCAGCUGAGGCACCUGGCAGAUACGAUGGCCACCAAGUGGGCAGCAUUACAAGGCUGCUCCCCUUCUGAAUGCAUCCGCAUCUACCUGACUGUGGCUCGGAAAUGGCCUCUCUUUGGUGCUAAGCUCUUUGCUGCUCAGCCUGCCCACCUGUCCUCUAAGGAGAACACUCUGGUGUGGAUUGCUGUGAAUGAGGAUGGUGUCAGCAUCCUGGACCACCACACUAUGCAAGUGAACAUCACUUAUCCCUACUCUUCAGUGACAACGUUUGGUGGCUGCAGAGAUGACUUCAUGCUUGUGAUUAGAUCCAUUCCAGACAAGAGCUCUGGAAAAAGCCAUAUUGACAAGUUGAUCUUCCAAAUGCCUGCUCCCAAGAUCACAGAAACUACCUUCAUGAUCGCCAGCUACAUGAACCACUGUUCUGCAACUGUGAACCUGUCCACCAAGCUGCCUGCAGCUCGCCAGCCCCGAGACCUGGAUGGACAGCUCUUUGCUUCUGUUUCCUGCACUAAGGGGCCAGCUUUGCUGUGAACGUUCCUCCUCCCCACACCCCUGCCACCACUGGUGCCUCUGGGAUUAGAGUGUGUCCUGGAGCAUGCUACUACUGUGAUGGGCCUGACGGCCCCUUCCGAACCUGUUCUGUGAAAUGUGUACUUCAGGGUCUCUGAAACCUUUGUACUCUUUAAGUGCCUUAUCUUUCAAGGCCCAGCAUUUUAAAAUCCAGACCCAACAUCAAAACUACUUACUAUUUCUUUUACAAGAAUACUGACUCUGGAUGCUACCUGAUUCUAGAUUGAGACAGGGAUGGCCCAUAGUUACCAGGGCAGUGGUACUGUAUUUGGGCUUCUGCACUGAUACUCAGGGAAGCUCAUCUUUUUAUACUGUACACGCUCCUUAUGUGGGGGCUUAUACUUGAAGUUUUCUGAACAUCCCUGAACAAAAUAGGACUAAAAUUCCUAAUUCACCUAAGUUCUGGCAAAUGCCUACAAAUCUCUAAAACUGGACAACUUUCCCAGAUGGAAAGACUAACAGACUGGAGAAAAAUGACACGCCUCCCCCUACUGGUGAGGAGGCAUUUGCUAUGCUCCUACUGGGGCUGCAGCUCUAUCUUUUCAGGAGAGCACACUAUUCCUGUUAAGAUGCAAGCUUUUUCUCUCACACUGGACUAGCACAGGCAGGGGCAGAUCCAGUCUGCACCCUCCCUGUGUCAUUUUAAGGCCCACCGGGGCUUAGUGAAGGCUGUGCUCACUACUGAAGGACGAGGUAGUCAUUGUCUCUCCACCCUCUGAAAGACCAAGCAUGUGAGUUUUGCUUGUUGCUGCUGUAUGAGGCCAGGAGACAACACAUCAGAAACACUAAAGACACCCCCCCUCACGCCCCAUUCCCAGAAGGCCUGGAUUGCUCACCAACACUUCUGGUAGCUAUCUUCUGAGAAUUAAUUGGAAGCACGGGAGAUAUAUAUUUUUUCCCUAGUAGUAUAUGGAAGUACAAAGUUUCUUUUCAACUUUUGCCUUCCUGAGGCAAAAGUUACUCCCUUUCAACCUAGACUUUCUGAUUUUGAUAAAGAUGAUCUUAAUCUCCACCUUCCUCUGAAAAAAAUAGUAAAACCCAAAAGUUCAUACUUUGAUUUUCCAACAUAUAAAAAAAUCUAAGUUUAUUGUAUAGCUCUAAGGUAGUUCUAUCAUCUUUCAGUAACACGGUCAAGGGAAUAGGAGGAAUACACUUUUAACUCAACAAUGUGUAUACUGCACACUACAAAUUAGUUUGUCAGAUUGGCUCAGCUGCUGUAAUCUUGCAUUUCUCAUCCUCUGGACUGACAAACAUGACUUUACAAAGGCCUAAACAAGCUUGACAGGCAGGAGCCAUUUCUGAUCCAAUGUCAACUCCUGCCCCAGGAUUGGGUCCUGGGGUUCUAGUGGACACAGGUCUACCUCACGUCACAUCACUCUUGAGUCCUGACAACUCCUUCCAGGCUAGUGUCAAAGGCAGAAAAUGCAGUUCUAGUGGGCCACAUUCCCAGGGACCCUUAAAGCCCAAAAGGACGUGGUCUACUCUCGGGUUGUUUUUGUUUUGUAAUAGAGUUACACAUAAUGGAACUGUUUGUACUAGACUUGGAGGUCAGAUUAGCUGCCUCCUUUUCUCUUUAAAUUUUCUUCUUUCCUUUCCUUUUCCUUUUCCGUUUCCUUUCCUUCCUUCAAAAACAGGGCCUCACUAGGAAGUCCUGGCUGUCCUGAACUCACUAUAUAGACCAGACUGGUCAAAAAUUCAGAAAACCACCUGCCUUCCAAGAGCUGAGAUUAAGGGCCUGCACUGCCUAACCCAGCUCCCUUUCUCCUUCCUGAUCUCUAGGAAUCUCAGAAACUGCCUUAGAAACAAAGGCUUCUGUAAACUGACUUCUUAACUCUUGAACGUGACAGUCCCAUGUCUGGGAACCAACAUGAACUCUCUGACUUUUCAUCUAAGCCCUCUUGGCCCCAGCAGCUUUUGAAGCAAUAGAAAAUACUGAGUAACAGAAAGGUACUAAUGUGCUCGACACCCAUGGCUGAAGUGCUGUGUACGCCUGUCAAUAAAAAGCUGUCAGUGAACCAGCAAU